AUGAGUAAAACCAAAACUAAUGGCAAAAAAGUGGCCAAAAGCGUGCGAAACGUAUUGGCCCAACCGUUCAAUGUGAUUUGGCCCACAAUUCCGGAUAAUGAUGCCACACGAUGUUCGAAAUAUCUUCAGCGUAUAGAUCGCAAACGCAUCGUCAGCGGCUGCAAUGGAGUCAUAAAGCUACUGCAAAAUGGGCAAGCGCUGGCGUUUUUCAUACUGGCCUCGUUUAACCCGCAGAUAUUUGCUAAAUUGAUUAUUCAAAUGGCACGUAAGCGAAAUCCGGCCGUACUCGUGCUUGCGUUGCCAUCGUUUCCGGUGGGAUACAGUGAUAAUAGUAUGAUAAUGGCAAUCACCGAAGACAAAGGACACGAACAGCCGGAACCAAUACAAAACCUGUUGAAAUGGAUGAAAGCUUUAUCGGUGCGGAACGGAUUUAUCAGCAAACAGAACGAACACCCUAAACCUGAGACGAGUCAGCUGUCUCCAAAAGGUAAAAUUCAACCUGACUUAUCUAUGACCGAUGAAGAAGUAGCCAAAUUUUACGUGUUCGAAUCGACAUCAGAAGCCGGUUCUAGUGAUGGCAAAAAUAGCAUGAAACAUUUAGCUUCGGAAGAGUCUGAGCAUUUUAUUUCACUCUCUGGCUACAGUAGCAGUAGCGCCGUUACGAAGAGUAAACCGCAACAACAGCUCAUCAAUCGGAGGCCGUUCCAGCAAGCGUACGUGCCUCUCAAGGUCAAACGCGUUCAAGGAAACCCCAAUCGUACAGAGCAUAAAAAGAAGAAGCGAACCUAA